AUGGCUUCUUCUAUCUCCUUUAAAGGAGAUAAGCUAAUUGGCCGUUCUAAUUACGUAGAAUGGUUAACUAAUGCUACUUUGUUCUUUGAAAUUAAUGGCUUUAUGCCUUAUAUCGACGGCACAGAAACAAGCCCUGAUAAAAGCUUGUAUUUUAAGGCUAAUAACGAAGCCUAUAGUCCGGAAUUAGCCGUUAAGUAUUACGAAAAAUUAAGUGAAUACGAAAGGAACAACAAAAGGGCAUUAGGGGCUAUUAAGUCUAUUAUCUCGAUCGAAAACACCGAGCGCUUUAAAGACAAAACAAGCGCUAAGGACUUAUUUAAAGUAAUUAAGUCUACUUUCGGUAAAUCAAGCCUUGAAUUAAUAGGGCGAUACUUAGAUCAUAUUUUAGAAGCUAAUUACAACUCGUUUAGUUCUAUAGACGAAUACACAAGUCAAAUUCAAUCCUUGUCUAUAUAUUUAAAGGAACUUAACUAUGAGUUGCCUAAACCUUUUUUAGCGUGGUUACUCUUUAAGGGGCUACCUUCUUCUUUUGAUAGCUUUAUCUCUCGUAAAUACGAGGAAUUAGCCAAGGAUAUUAAGAAUAUCGAUAUUUCGUAA